UCGAGCACGUUUCGUGUGGUGCUGUUGUGGUAGUUGGUGGAUAUUAUUUCUGCGGUAUCGCAUCGCAUAGCAUAGCAUAGCAUCGCAUAGCAUCGUAUCGUAUCGGUCGGCCUUUGCCUUCGCCUUUGCCUUUGCCGUCGCCUUGUGGCAUUGCCUCUGCUAUUUUGCUAUCACAGCCAUUCACAGUCGAGUGCGUGGUCGUGAACGAGUCGGUCGAAGUCACAGCAGCACUUGGUGCCAAAAAAAAAAAAAUUAAUACAAGGAAAUAUUACAUAGCUAGCACGAACAACAGAGAAAAUAUAUAGAAUAAGAAAACGAGAAAACGUGCGAGAUUAAUAUUGAAUGUGUAAUCAGUGGGAAAAAUCUGCAAGCGCGCCGUAAAAUGUUUACAUGAUAUAUAUCAGCCAUGCGGAUCAACUUUUUUUAAAGGUGUAACAUGGAGUUGUUUUUUUUUUGAUUCGUUUCUUGUGCCUCGCAGCGCCAUGAAACCGUGGCUCGCAAAGUUCCUUGAGCAAGUGGUCAGUAAUAAGAGUAUAAACAUCAGUAUUCAUGUGUUUUGAAGCAAACUUUUUUGGCCAACCUAUUGCAAAAUCAUUGCCAAGUUAAAUUUGGGCAAGUGCGAUGAAACAACAACCAACAAAAAAUGCAAUUUAAAAGGAGCUAUACAAAAUUCUCAAAUCUAUGCAAAUAUGAUGACUGCCUGUCAAAAAUGUAUCGCUGUAUAAAUAUAUUCCGAAAUUGUUGGGAAUAAGUAGGGAUUGUACAAUCAAAGCUGAGAAAGUAUAUUGGACGGAAACUAAUUCAGAGGCGAAACAAUAUGAGUAAUAAAUCAAAAUCAGAAAGCUAACGAAAAGCAUUAGAUUAGAAGAAAGUCAAUGCCGCCAAAAAAUUGGUCGACUACACACGAACAAGUGCUCUGAACAGUGGCUCGAAAUUCAAUUACCGGCUGCCUGGGGAGUUCUACACAUCGACGGAAGCAACUAACCGAACCGGACCCCAAACAAUAUGCGAAACUAUGGAAGUGAAGUGAACGGAGGUUGAGUCUUACGGGAUACCUUCUGCGCCCAUUCAUCUGUCAACGGUCUGGCGCUGUUCCUGAUUAUCGGAUUCCAAGGGUUAAGUAAGAUAUGAGGAAGCAAUCACCGAGUCGACUGGACAAUCUACUCUGCCCUAGUCAGGAAUCAAACAUGAGCUUCCCACAGCCGCACACAUUGCCGGAAGCGCCUGCCAACGGUGGUAAAAUGCUGGUCUAUGGCCUGGGACUUCUAAUUAUGAUACCAGCUUGUACGGCUGGACCUCAUGAGAAGCGGUUGCUACACGCCCUUCUGGACAACUACAACAGCCUGGAACGUCCGGUGGUCAACGAAUCCGAUCCAUUGCAACUGAGCUUCGGACUAACACUCAUGCAGAUUAUAGAUGUGGAUGAAAAGAACCAACUGCUGAUAACAAAUAUUUGGCUCAAAUUGGAAUGGAAUGAUAUGAAUCUUCGUUGGAAUUCCAGUGAAUUUGGCGGUGUACGAGAUCUGAGGAUUCCACCACAUCGCCUAUGGAAACCGGAUGUUCUUAUGUACAACAGUGCGGAUGAGGGCUUUGAUGGAACGUAUGCCACAAAUGUAGUGGUGCGCAACAAUGGAAGCUGCCUAUACGUACCCCCGGGUAUAUUCAAAUCUACAUGUAAGAUCGAUAUUACGUGGUUUCCAUUUGACGAUCAAAGAUGUGAGAUGAAGUUUGGUUCGUGGACCUACGAUGGUUUUCAGUUGGACCUGCAAUUACAAGACGAAGCUGGAGGAGAUAUUUCCAGCUUUAUAACAAAUGGUGAAUGGGACCUGUUAGGUGUGCCCGGUAAACGAAAUGAAAUCUACUAUAAUUGCUGCCCAGAACCUUAUAUUGACAUAACAUUCGCCAUUUUGAUAAGACGCAAGACAUUGUACUAUUUUUUCAAUCUGAUCGUGCCGUGCGUACUGAUUGCCUCAAUGGCACUGCUAGGGUUUACACUACCACCAGAUUCUGGUGAAAAGCUUUCGCUUGGAGUUACAAUUUUAUUAUCGCUUACAGUCUUCCUGAACAUGGUGGCGGAAACAAUGCCGGCGACCUCUGAUGCAGUGCCCCUGCUCGGAACUUAUUUCAAUUGCAUUAUGUUUAUGGUGGCCUCAUCAGUUGUGUCAACCAUACUUAUCCUCAAUUAUCAUCAUAGAAAUCCAGAUACGCAUGAAAUGAGUGAAUGGAUAAGAGUAAUAUUCCUUUAUUGGUUACCUUGCAUAUUGCGCAUGCAAAGACCCGGACAGGUUGGCUACGAAUGUCCGCCGCCGCCCUCCUCGUCGAGUUCAUCUAAUUCUGGCGAGAAAAAGCAACAGAUUCAAAACGUUGAGCUCAAGGAGAGAUCCUCGAAGUCUCUGCUGGCCAACGUACUCGAUAUAGACGAUGAUUUCCGAUGCAAUCAUCGAUGUGCGAGCGCCACUUUGCCUCACCAGCCGACAUAUUACAGGACGAUGUACAGGCAAGGGGAUGACGGCAGCGUGGGACCAGUGGGACCAGCUGGUCCAGUCGUCGAUGGGCGCCUGCAUGAAGCCAUUUCCCACACCUGUCUGACGUCCUCUGCGGAAUAUGAGCUGGCGUUGAUCCUUAAAGAGCUACGUUGGAUAACCGAACAGCUGAAAAAAGAGGAUGAGACAAGCGACAUAACACGAGAUUGGAAGUUCGCUGCCAUGGUCGUCGAUCGUUUGUGCCUUAUUAUUUUCACUUUAUUUACAAUUAUUGCAACACUUGCUGUAUUGUUCUCAGCCCCACAUUUCAUUUUCCCGUAAACGGAAAUGUGUGGCAAGGAAAAUAUUAGCGAAAAGUGACAGACCACAGAAGUUGGUGGUUUUUUGUGAAAGCCAAUCAAAAUUUUAGGAACAUACAAACAAAAAAAAAAUUAAUUCAACCCGAACCUAAGCUUCUCAAACUGAAAUACUUUGACCGUCAAAGAGUUUUGCUAUUUAACGUUUUUAUAUUUUUAAAGAUGUGUCUGAUGGUUAUAAAAUAUUAUAAUGAAUUGAGAUAGUAACGUAUGUACGUAUGUGAAUGCAUUUUGUAUAAACAAUAAAGUCGGGAUAACACAAUAACUGUCUGGGCAUAAAUGUACGUUGCCGUGUACAUUGAAUUCGCCCGUGAGAUACAAAGCAGAGGUUUCUUAAUCGCGGAGCGCUCGUAGAUGCAAUCCACCUCCCUCUAAAAUGAUCGAGGAGCGCCAAACACAUUCAAAAUCAACCGAAUCGAGAACGCAGCUUAAGGAUAUACAUACAUAUAUGUAUACAGCUUCACACCAUUAUUAAAAAAAACUAGUACUUAAAUAGUCUGUAUGUCACGUUCGAGAAAUUUUAAAUUAUUGCUUAACUACUUCGGUUUCACAUUGCAUUGUAUAAUUUCCUUCCUGUAGUUUUAUAUACUUUCCCAUGCUAUUCAAUUUUGAUGAUCAAGAAAGUGUAUACAAAAUGUGUUGCUAUGAUAUAAAAAAGAUGAGCAAUACGUAAUCGAAUCCAAAGAAAUUCAAAGCGAACGAAAACAAAAGUUGAUAGUUGAAAAUUGUUGCCGGUAAGAAAAUACACUGCGACACAUGAAUGUCAUUAAUCUGAAAUGAUCGCACAAUAAGAAAUUCAUAAAUACCUACAGACCGUCAAAACAAAAACACAGUUAAACACAACAACAGGUCACAGUUGUGAGAAAAAAAUACUAUUGAACACAAAAAAAUAAUUGCUAAAUUUAUAAAAUUGCACUCUGCAACUAACCGAAAAUACGCAAACACGAAUCUUCUUAUUCAGAAACAGAAACUGAAACAGAAACAGAUACACACUGAUUGCAUUUUAAGAAGAUAUGCAGUGCAGAUAUAUUAGGCACAGCGCACAGAGGAAUGAGAAAUAUUUGCUAGCCAUUAGACGGAAAAAUAGAUGCCAAUAGCUCUCACACAUAUUUCGAUAAGUCUUUCCAGCUGGUUCGUCAAUGGUUGAACGCUGCGUUAAAAUUAACUGGUGCUAGUUGGCGCCUAAAUUAGAGUAGUUAUCUUGUUUUUCUUUUCUGUUUUUUUUGGAGCCCAACCAGCUCCAAUAAAUUUUAAAACAUGAAAUUGGCUAUCGUAAAAUAUCAGCGCCUGUUGCAUGUGCUUUGAAGAUAUUUGUAGCGCUUGUGCCUCAAUCAGUCAGUCUUUUUCAACCAGCUGAAUAAUCAUACAGUUGGACAUUAAGGGAUGAACAUUUUAGCUAGCAAAGAUGUUUUUCUGUCUGAGUACUGGACUUAAAAGCGAACGAGCAUACCUUAUCUAAAAAAUGCUAACAUUAAUUGGAAAAGACAUAAGCUAAAAUUGUAUGAUAAUGUUAAACACAAGUAUAAAGUUAACUAUUUUUAAAUGAAAACAAACAAUUGAGUGUCAAAAGCAACGAAAGCCGAUUAUAAAGAGCGUUAAAAAAGAAAUUUCAAAAGAGUAUAGUUUUCAGAGAGAAAGGAUCGCAGAUAUUCAUAAAUACGAGCAAAAAUAUAUCACUACAGUCAAACUUCCAUAGCUCAACCUUCCCUAACUCAAAGUCUCUAUAAGUCGAACUAGUUUUAUUGGAAACAGAAACAAAGAGCAUAGACACGCGUCAAUCCAAUUCUAAAAAAUAAAAUCUCCAUAACUCAAGUUUUUUUUUUGGUGACAGCUGGCGGUUCGUGUUAUCGAAGUUCGACUGUAUCUUUGAACUCCCAAAACAAAAAAGUGCAAGUUAGAAUACAAGUUAGAUUUAACACAUUUUUAAACUAAAAUUAAAACAACAGCAAAAAGUUAACAGAAAAUUAAUGAGAACCGUAAAAAACUAGAUUAAAAAAGUAUGUAAGACCGAAACUGGAAACAAUAAAAUGUUUACAUUUUAGCUAGUGCA